GACAGAAAUGAAAGACAAAUACGGAAUAAAGAUGAAUUACAUGAAAGCAUGGCGUAGUAAAGAGCGAGCACAAACCCAGCUACAUGGAAAUGCUAAAGAGUCGUACAAUCUCUUGCCUAGAUACCUGUACAUGCUACAGAAAACAAAUCCAGGAACAUUAAUAGACAUAGAGAAAGAUGAUGAUGACAGUUUCAAAUAUGCAUUUGUUGCAUUAAAUGCUGCUAUAAAAGGUUGGCCAAACUGCAAACCAAUCAUCGUGGUAGACGGUACAUUCCUAAAGGCCGCGUAUGGAGGCACGUUGCUCACUGCCAACACACAAGAUGCAAUCUAA